AUGCAACUGCGCUAUCUGAUCGCACUCGGGACAUUGUCCUCUCUCACUGCUGCUCAUCCCGGCCCCGCUGCUGAUCUACCCUCAACAUGGAGUCCCACUUCAACCGUCACCGUCACCGUACCCAUAGCCACCCAGACGGCCGAUGUCAAUAACCUCAAGGCGUAUGCGAAGCGCUUCCACGGGGACUGGCUCAUUCAAAAGCGAGCCUCAACGACUGAGGAGACAUCUUCUACCACCUCCGAGUCUACCACCUCGACGACUGCAACGUCGACGAGCACGACAGAAUCAACCACCUCCACCACCACUACCACUUCUUCCAGCACGACAGAAGCCACUACAAGCUCUACCACCUCCACAGUCUCCUCCACCACCUCUACAGCGAGCAGCACCACCUCAUCAAGUACGACCACCUCCGCCACCUCACAAUCCACUACCACUGCAGCAACCACCACGACCAAGACGACGUCGACAGCCUCAACCACCACCUCCACCGCCUCGGCCACUAGUUCCGCCAGCGCCGCUAAAGCUGCCUACAACCGCCGUGGCGAGAUUGCCGCGAUCGUCACUUUCACCAUCCUGAUACUGCUCUUUAUCGGCGUUGCCGCCUUCAUGUGCACCCGGGACAAGCGCAAGAGAAGACGCAUCGAAGCCAGGGCAGCCGCCAAGGCCGCGGACUACUCGAUGGUAUCCUUGACCGAGGGCGGCCGACCGCAGAGCGAGGCCAAAUUCGACCGAGCGUCGGUGAUGUUUGCGACGGCACCCUCCCGCAGUGAGCUCGGCUUGAGCACCCCAUUGACGCGUCCCUCUUCUAUAGCGACGAGCGAAGUCUUGCGCCAGAGCCCGACUCCGGCGGCUGCUCCGGCGACUCCGCCGGAGGCGCAGCAUCGGGCCGGGAAUUUUGUGUAA